ACCAUUUCCAUAGUUUCUCGAAACCCUAGCAGCACUCACUCUUCAACUCUCUUAACACACCGAUCCAAAAUGCCGCCGAAAUUCGACCCAUCGCAAGUGGUGGACGUGUUCGUCCGGGUGACCGGUGGUGAAGUCGGAGCCGCAAGUUCCCUCGCGCCCAAAAUCGGGCCGCUCGGUUUAUCCCCAAAGAAAAUUGGAGAAGACAUAGCAAAGGAAACGGCAAAGGACUGGAAGGGUCUGCGCGUGACAGUGAAGCUAACGGUGCAGAAUCGUCAGGCGAAAGUAUCGGUGGUGCCGUCAGCUGCUGCGUUGGUUAUUAAGUCGUUGAAGGAGCCGGAGAGAGAUAGGAAGAAGACGAAGAAUAUUAAGCACAGCGGCAAUAUAUCGCUGGAUGAUGUGAUUGAGAUAGCGAAGAUAAUGAAGCCCAGAUCCAUGGCUAAGGAUUUGUCCGGUACUGUGAAGGAGAUCCUGGGGACGUGUGUGUCGGUUGGGUGUACCGUCGACGGUAAAAACCCGAAAGAUUUGCAGCAGGAGAUUACUGAUGGAGAAAUUGAAGUUCCUCUUGAAUGAUUUUGAGGGAGAAUUUGUGAGGUAUUUUGGUUUUUUUCUUUUUUUUCCUUCGAAGAAACAUAUAAACGCUGCCUUUAAUUAUUGUCAUCAUCUAAUUACUUGGUUUUGGUUAAUUUUUAUGAGAUUUUAUCUUGGAUA